AUGGCAGCCUACAUGAGGAACGUGAUGCUUCUUGUCUCCAGAGAACAAACUUCUUUUCUAACCCGAGGCUGCGGUGCUGCUGUGAUUUCUAAACGAUACGUCCGCGGGCUGAGGAGGAAACCGGUCCGGGUCCUGUUCCCCGACGCCGAGGAGGAUCCAGGGCCGAAGACCAAGCCUCAGCCCCGGGUUGAAGAUCAGCAUGAGAGGAGGGGGAAGAAGGAGGUGGAGAAGAAGAAGAAGGAGGUGAAGGUCACAGCAACAGCAGCAGCAGAGCAUCAUGAGGACCGAGGCUCCUUCAGGAACAGGAGGAACGAACCUCCAGAGUCUGUCAGUGAGGACCAGGUCGAUGACGUCCGCUUCGAGAGAGCUGCUCCUGGAGACAAGAGACUGGCGAGGUUGGUGAGCGUGGCUCGUUCCAGGACCUUUCGAGAGCACCAGGGUAAGAUCCUCCUGGAGGGCCGGCGUCUGAUCUGCGACGCCCUGGAUGCUGGUGCCAACCCGCAGAUGGUUUUCUUCAGCACCGUGGAUCGGCUCCGAGAGCUGCCCCUCGACAAGCUGAAGAGGGCCACGCUGGUCAAAGUCAAGUUCCAGGAAAUUAAGAUCUGGUCCGACGUGGUGGCUCCACAGGGGGUGAUCGCCAUAUUUUCUCUUCCGGACCCAUCGAGGUUAAACUUCGCAAAUACAGGCCAUUCAGUGCCACUGUCCCUGAUAUGCGAUAACAUCCGAGACCCCGGCAACCUCGGGACGAUGCUGCGAUGUGCUGCUGCUGCUGGAUGCCAUAAUGUCCUGCUCACGAAAGGUUGUGUUGAUGCUUGGGAGCCCAAAGUUCUGCGAGCAGCAAUGGGAGCACAUUUCCGUCUUCCCAUCUAUCCCAAUCUGAGCUGGGAUGCUGUUGAAAAUCAUCUCCCUAAACGUGUGACUGUCCAGGUGGCUGACAGCGGCUGUGGCCCUGACAGGAGUAGAGAAACAGAAGAUUUGGAAGCUAACGUCUCCCACAAACCCUCGAAAGCAGGAGACUAUGGCUGGGUCAGCACAAGGCGGAGCCACACUGACGUGCACUAUGAGGAAUACGACUCGGACUCUGACUCUGAGGACGAGGGACUUUCUCUCCCCAAAGUGGACACCAAGCUGUACCAUGAGAGCUGGGCUCAGAGUCCCACUGCUCUCGUGAUCGGCGGCGAGACGAACGGUCUGAGUCUGGAAGCGUUGGAGUUGGCUGAGAAAACCGGAGGUCAGAGGCUCUUUAUUCCUGUGGUUCCUGAUGUGGACAGCUUGAAUUCAGCCAUGGCCGCCAGCAUCCUUUUGUUCGAAGGCAGGAAGCAGCUGUUAAAACUCAUCCAAUCUGGAAGGAAAUGGAAAACUAAAGCUGAGGGGCAGCUACCAUGAAGUUCCCUGUAAAUUACAUUGUGUGUCCAUGCCACGUACUGCUCUGCUAAUAAUAAAACACUGAAUUGCAAUCAUGGAUUUCAUUUGGAAUUCACAUCAAGUUAUUUCAAGCCUUUUUUUUUAAUGGCUGGAACUAAAUUAAUGACGUUAUUUAAAGAUCCGAUUGAGCAUGAAUAUAAAAGAAAACAAUUAGAUUUGAGUUUAGGUGGCUGUGGCCCAGGGGGUAGAACGGUUCGUCCGCUGGUUGUAACCCCCCCGUCUGCAGUUCAACGUGUCCUUGGGCUUGAUAUGUGCUUGAGCGGGUGAAUGUGACUUCUUCUGUAAAGUGGAUAAGACUUCAAAAGCACAUAACAAACCAGGUCUAUUUACUCACCAGGUUGGUCUUUGCAGCUACAGCGUCAAAUAUGCACAACUCCCUCCACUUGUAUACAAAGUGUUUAAAUAAAGUUUCCAACUCAGCUGAUGUUUGCACAACCAUCUGCAAUAAUAAAUGCAACACCUGCA